AUGCUGGCCACACUGAGUGUUGCAAAGACCUCUGGCCACAGUGUGUACCUGUUUUGCCGUGGCAACUCCAUCAGACAGCAUCAGGGCAUUCUGCAGGAGGGCUACACCCAGUACCACGCUGACAAAUACCACAAUACUGACAACCCCAAUGGCAUAAGCAAUAUGGGCACCAGUGAGAACAAGCUGUGCUAUGAUCUGCUUCACAAACAGGUGAGAAAGGUGUCAUGGUUCCACCUGUCACCAUAGGGCAGCAGAGACUGUCCUAGAGACAUUAACGAAAAUCGGGUGUGUCCAAUUUACUCAUUGUGAUUUUCCUGUUAAAAGAGCUGUGUUUUAUGUUGUCUUUUGCUGAAGCUUUUAUUGUUUACCCUAUACAUUAGUUUCCUG